AUGUCUCGACUUGUUGAUGUGGAUGUUGCUCAGUCCAACGUCCCCAGGCCUGGCCUGGUGCUUGGGCUGUUACGGCCAGUGUGGCGGUAUUGUCUUGCUUGGGCGCAAGACUUCGUCGUUUGGAAGUAUCGAGUGAGGGUUCAAAUUGUGUCGUCGCAAACACAACGGAAGAGAAGAAAGGUUGCAAGUCAAUUCCAAACCUUAGAGUUUCCGAUGUUCGCUAAACUACGAAGUGACGGAAUGACGUUCGAUCGAAUAUGUCGUCGCUAA